AUGGGCAAGUUCCUCAAUUUAUUACGAAAUUUGUUACCCAAACAGGUUAUCUUUUACGAGGACAGGAACUUCAUGGGGCGCUCCUAUGAGUGCACCGGUGAUUGUUCCGAUAUGCACUCUUACAUGAGCCGCUGCCACUCCUGCAGGGUGGAGAGCGGCUGCUGGAUGGUCUACGACCGCACCAACUUCAUGGGAAACCAGUAUUUCAUGAGGAGGGGCGAGUACGCUGACUACAUGAGCAUGUGGGGCUGGGGAAACAACUGCAUCAGGUCCUGCCGCAUGAUCCCCAUGCACAGAGGAUCCUACAGAAUGAGAAUCUAUGAGAGGGACAACUUCAUGGGUCAGAUGUAUGAGAUGACGGACGACUGCGAUUCCUUCAUGGAUCGUUACCACUGGUCCAACGGCUGCAUGUCCUGCCAUGUGAUGGACGGCCACUGGCUCAUGUACGAGUAUCCCCACUACAGAGGCAGGAUGUGGUACUUCAGGCCUGGAGAGUACAGGAACUUCAGAGACUACGGUGGCAUGAGGUUCAUGAGCAUGAGGCGCAUCAUGGAUUCCUGGUAUAACUGAGCUAAAGUGUCAAUAAACACAUUUUGAAUAAAAUCUGGCAAAUCAGUGAAGUGUAUAAUUUCUCAAUGUGCGCACACUCGAAACCUGCAGCAUAAAAUAUAUGAGUAAAAUUAGAUGGGGUUUUUUUUUCAGUUGAUUUUGAUCACUCAAUCUUAGAUUUUUUUUUUUUAAACUGCCCUUCAAAAUUUAAAAUAAGUUUCUGUGUACAGACAAAUCUGCACAAAAUGUUAUUGCGAUAUUAUCUAAAAGAUUUGUUAUGUUAUAUUUUUAACAAAUUAUCAAGUAUGUAAAUACUUCGUGAAAUCUACCUCAAACAAAUUAAAUUAAAUUAGUUUAAUUAAUGACAUUUUUUCCCCAGAUCAAGUACAGGAAAAAAUUCUGAAAUCACUCAAUGUUGAGAAAAAAAAUUAUGUAAUCACUCGAAGUUGAGAAAAAAAAUUAUGGAAUUACCUUGUAAUUUGUAUUUCUGAAACAAAUACCAGCACAAGUCGAAAAAUGCAGAUUAGUCAGCAGUUAAAAUAGAGUGCUUACAGACCCUUACCAUGGACUUUUUGAAAGGAAACAUAACCCCAAUAACAGAGUUGUCAACUGUAACAAUGGAAAGGAUUAUAAAACUCCUUCAAGAAGGAAAUCCAACAUGGAGUGGCAAAAGAUGUUGGUUGUUCCCAGUUAGCUGUGUCUAAAAUCUGGUGCAAGUAUAAACAAAAUGGGAAGGUUAUAAAAGGAAAACAUACUGGUAGACCUAGGAAGACAGUAAAGCAUCAGGAUAGAAAACUCAAAGCAUAAAUGAAAAUGCACAACAAAACAAAUGGUCAGAAACAGGAGUCAAUGUUUGUGACAGAACUGUAAGAAAUCUGCUGAAUGAAAUGGGAUUUACGUAUAGAAAAGCCAAACGAAAACCAGCACUAACACCUAAACGGAAGAAAACAAGGUUCCAGUGGGCUAAAGAGAAGCAAUCAUGGAGUGAGGAUGAUUUGAUGAAAACGAUAUUCAGUGAUGAAUCACGAAUCUGCAUUGGCCAAGGUGAUGAUGCUGGAACUUUUGUCUGGUGCCGUUCUAAUGAAACACAUAAAGAUGACUGCCUGAAGAAGACAAUCAAAUUUCCCCACUCACUGAUGAUAUGGGGCGGCAUUUCAGGUAAAGGACCGCAGAAAACCUCAACAGUCAAUGCACAGCGUACACGGACAUUUUGGACACUUUUCUCAUUCCAGUGAUGGAGUCAUUUUUGAGGAUGAUAAUGCAGCUCACCUCAGACCAAAGAGAGU